AUGGGCUGGCUCCCCUGGUCCGGCAGUCCAUCCCCCGACAAAGCCUCCGACGGCGGCCGCAUCGCCCCGGACCGAUCAAGUCGCGCGCGCUGCUGGGAAGGCCGCGAUCUGUUUUUCAGCUGUCUCGACCGCAACAACAUCGUGGACUCUGUCAAGGACGACAAGGAAGCGCGGCGCAAGUGCGGGAAAGAGGUUGAGGAGUUUGAGGCGGCAUGUUCGCAGACUUGGGUGAAAUAUUUCAAGGAGAAGCGCGUGAUGGAAUAUAACCGGGAUAAGACGAUUGAGCGGAUCAAGAAGGAGGAUGCGGCCAAGGUGAGCGAGUUGAAGUCGCAAGGAUGGAACUCGAAAUAA